AAAAAACAAAAAAAAACAAAAAAAAAAAGGCCCAAAACAAAACAACAAGAAAGCAAAGAAAAUGGUGAAAAUCUAUCAAUAAGAGUCAAUGAGGGAGGGGAUAACGGCCUAUACAAGCCGUUACCAUCCAUGAAAAAUACAGCAAGGUUUACAAACAAAACGCCAUUACGCCAUUGUUAAGAGAGCUUGAAUCUUUAUAUUAUAUACCACCGCAAAACACUAUUAAAAUCCCAAGACAAUAAUGGCCAUGGCUUCUGAACCCCAUCACCAUCUUCACUUCGUAUUGUUUCCUCUAAUGGCUCAAGGCCACAUGAUCCCCAUGAUUGAUUUAGCCAGACUUCUGGCACGGCGAGGUUUGCUUAUCACCAUCGUCACCACCCCACAAAACGCAGCCCGUUUCAAAAACAUAAUUUCCCGUGAUACAGAAUCCAAGAAUCUUAUCCAGUUCAUUGAACUCCCACUUCCAUGUGAAGAAGCAGGGUUACCUGAAGGUUGCGACAAUUUGGAUCUCCUUCCAUCUAUGGACAUGGCCAUGAAUCUCUUCUCUGCUGCUAGCAUGUUGCGAGAACCAGUAGAGAAACUGUUCGAGGAAUUGACUCCAAGACCAAACUGCAUAGUCUCCGAUAUGUGCUUGCCAUGGACAACUCACGUAGCCAACAGGUUUGGAAUUCCUAAGAUCAUCUUUCAAGCGGCGAGUUGUUGUUGCCUCGUGUGCCUGGGCAUUUUGCACGUCUCCAAAGUUCUAAGUAGUGUAACCUCGGAUACAGAGCAUUUUGUCCUGCCUGGCUUACCUGAUCGACUUGAAUUUACCAAAGCACAGUUACCUUUGCCCCCAGACCCAAAAUUGAAAGAUUUCACGGAUCAAAUGGUAGUAGCUGAUCUAUGCUCAUAUGGGAUUGUUGUGAAUACUUUUGAGGAAUUGGAGCCUGCAUAUAUUGAAUUGUUUAGGAAGGCAAAAAGAGGUAAAGUGUGGUGUAUUGGCCCUGUUUCACUUCUCAAUGAGGACAACUUGGAUAAGAUUGAGAGAGGUAAUAAGGCCUCCAUUGAUGAACACCAAUGCUUCAAAUGGCUGGAUUCACAUGAACCUUGCUCUGUGCUCUACGCCUGCCUUGGAAGUAUAUGCAAUCUGAUUCCAUCCCAGUUGAUAGAGCUUGGACUUGGUUUAGAAGCAUCAAAUAAGCCAUUCAUUUGGGUUAUCAGGGAAGGGAAUAGAUCAGAAGAAUUGGAACGUUGGAUUUUGGAAUAUGGGUUUGAGGAAAGGACAAAAGAAAGAGGUCUUUUGAUUCGAGGUUGGGCUCCCCAAAUGUUGAUAUCACACCAAGCAGUUGGUGGGUUCUUAACGCAUUGUGGUUGGAAUUCGACGCUGGAAGGGAUAUGCGCUGGCGUGCCAAUGGUCACGUGGCCGCUUUUUGGGGACCAGUUUUUCAAUGAGAAACUCGUUGUGCAAGUUUUGAAAGUUGGUCUGAGAGUUGGAGCAGAGAGUUCUGUGAAAUGGGGUGAGGAAGAGAAGAUUGGAGUGCUGGUGAAGAAACAAGAGGUUAUAGAUGCCGUAGAAAAUCUGAUGAGUGGAGAGGAGAGAGAAGAGAGAAGAGAAAGAGCUAGAAAGCUUGCAGAGAUGGCAAUGCGAGCUGUAGAAGAAGGGGGAUCUUCUCACUUUGACAUGACACGGUUAAUCCAGGAAAUCAUGCAACAAGCAGGUUCUAAAGAAUCAACCUAAGAAUAGAUGUAGAUUAGAGGGUAUUUUUAAGGUAUUUUCAAUUAAAUGAUUACAUUGUUUUUGUUUUUUU